GGAGCCUUGGGGGUGUUGCGCUUGGCAAUAAAAGUCCAGAUGAGGGAAGGUGAAAAGUGAAGGUAGGAAGCGAACCAAGGGCGGAGGCGAUCAAGGAGUGGGACCUCUGCGAUGACGAUGACUUCGGCUGGGGAAGGAUUGGAAUAGGCUUGCGUGCCUCGUAGGGGCUGCGAAGUGAAGUGAGAAAAGAGAAUGGGGGGGCCACAAACGGGCUGGAAAAAAAUCUGAAAGAGGCUGAAGAAGAGUGGAUGAAGAAGACCAACACUAAGCACGACACAUCGCAGGACUCAAGAGCCUCAACCACAUGGGGGAAUGCGGCCUGCUAAAUACGGCUCGAGGAGGCCAGCAGCUGUGGCGGGGGAGGGAACAAGACCCCCCGGCAACCGGACAAGAUUUUGGGGGAUCGUUGGAAGCGACCUAUCCCAUCUGAUCUCUCUCUCUCUCUCUCCGUCUCGUCGCUCACAUGUUCUACCGGGUUCGGCACAAGGCCGCGUCGCCAUAGGCACACAAAGGCCCAAUUCGCCUCGGGCCCGGAACCAUGGUGAGACUUCUUGCUCCCCCUAUCUUUUACGCGUACUUUUGCCAUGUCGGCGACUCCUCUGCGGACCUUGUCCCGUGCUCCAUGCUCCAUGCUACAUGCAAGUGCGAGUGUCAUUGUUUCAAUGGGUUUACCCGCCAAGGCCCGACGUUGACGGUUCAUUGCCAGGGGAGUCCCCGGCAAACGAGCGCAGGCAGGCGAGGUGGGGAGCGAAGACGGGACGAUUAAGGGAGACACCGGGGGCCAGUACAACUCAGCUGGUCCUUUUGCCUCCCGCGAUGUCGGUGCCGAGAACAAUUUGCGGUGCGCUCAAUACCUUGCGUGUGGGGAGUGCAUGGUACCUAUGUAAAGUACCUGUAAUAGUACGUACUGGAUGCCAUGCGAAGCCUCUACCUACCUACCUAAUACUACACUAGUGUACUGUAUCUACUACCGAGACAAGCACCCAAGUUGACGUGUGAGUGAAGUGGGCCUGUGCGUACUUUUUUGUGGGAAAGAAGAGGAGGA